CGCGCCUUCUUGCACUCCAUAUCGGGGGAUCUCAAGAGCUCAUGGACUCAUGUCUGCCGUAAUCUAUAACACAUCCCCAUCGGACCUCUCCUUAUGUCGCAUCUAUUCCUGACGUCCUCGUGCCUCUCUUCUCUUUAUCAAUCCUUAUACAUCACUCUCAGUACAUACAUCUUUCCACCCCGCGUGCUUACGCCUAGCCACGGCCUCGGACACGCUUUCGCAUACCACUUCUAUGGCUUCGACCCCGGACUUAUACGAAACACUCAUCGUAUACCAUACUUCACAAUCAUCGGAUUGCAUGAGCUGCUGUAUUAUUACCUCAAUUGUACGUGCAUGCUCGUGUACCUUGAACACUUCCUGGAUCGCGCUUCGAGCACGGCAACGAACUCGUGCUGAUCCUGCACCCAACCGUGACACUACUCCUUUUGGAACGGAGAAUGCCGAG